AGGAGGAAGGGGGCGGGGUAUCGGCCCGGCUCCAUCGUCAACAAACCUCGCUCCCCCGGAUUUAUGUGCCGCAUCAGAAAUGGUGGAGGAGCCUUUAGGCAGCACAAAUGCCCGUUAUAGGCCCUCGGAUGAGCAGGACUGUCUGAUGGAGGAAAAAGGAAGAAAUUAUUAUGUCAAGCCGGUGGACCACUUUAAUGGCACUUAUAUUAUAUUUUUUCUGCUGGGGGUGGGUUCCGCACUCCCUUGGAAUUUUAUUUGCACAGCAAAACACUAUUGGAUAUACAAACUAAGAAAUUGCUCGGAUAUUCUAGUGAUAGAAAAACCUGAUGUUUCAGACCUGAGUGACUACUUUGAAAGUUACUUUUCCAUUGCCAGUUCUGUACCGUCAGUGCCAUGUCUUGUGCUGAAUUUCUUCCUGGUAAACAGGGUUACUUCUCAAGUGCGAAUACUGUCAUCACUACUUGUUAUGUUACUUGUUUUUAUCCUGGUCACUGUGCUGGUAAAAGUGGACACCUCCACCUGGACUAUGGGAUUCUUUGCUCUUUCACUGGUGUGUGUUGCUAUUCUUAGUGGAGCAUCAAACAUCCUUACAGCCAGUGUCUUCGGUGUCACUGGACGCUUUCCAAUGCAACACUCCCAGUCCCUCAUAUCAGGCCAGGCUAUGGGUGGUACAAUUAGUGCACUGGCAGCCAUUUUGGACCUUACAAUUGCUUCCAAUGUAACAGAUAGUGCCCUUGCAUAUUUCCUCACUGCAGACAUCUUUCUCCUUAUCUGCAUUGCUGUCUACUUGCUCCUACCAAAAAUUGCGUAUUCCAGCUAUUACUUGAAUUUACCCGACGAGCCUAGAGACACUUCUACACCUGAAGAUCCUGUGGUGACAGAUGAAAUAUCAUCUUCAAAGACAAACUCUCCACCAAUAAUCCCUAUCCUGAAGAAAGUCAAAGUGCUGGCUGCUUGCUUAUUGUACACCUUCUUCAUCAGCAUCAUCAUCUUCCCCACCAUCUCUGCUGGUAUUGAGUCUGUUGAUAAACACACUGAUAGCAUUUGGACCAACAAAUAUUUUACCCCCAUGACUUGUUUCCUGCUUUAUAACUUUGCUGACUGGAGUGGACGGCAGAUCACAACGUGGAUCCAAGUCCCCGGACCCAAAAGCAAGAUGCUGCCAACACUGGUUUUUCUCCGAACGUGUUUCAUCCCCUUGUUUAUGUUUUGUAAUUACCAACCUCGGAAACACAUUUAUGACGUUUUUUUCCAGAAUGAUGUCUAUCCGGUUAUCUUUAUCACAUUGCUGGGGUUAAGUAAUGGUUAUUUAGGGACACUUUCUAUGGUGUAUGGUCCUAAGGUUGUCCCCAAGGAAUUCUCAGAAGGCACCGCAAUAAUAAUGUCUUUUUUCCUUGGGUUAGGGUUAGCUAUUGGAUCUGCUUUCUCUUCUCUUGUUCAUUUAAUAUAGUUAACAUAUUUUUAUUUUUAUUUCAAAGGAUUGAUAAUUUAUUGCAAUGGCAGGAA